AGGAAAUAAUUUGGACGAAAUUCACGAGUCCUUCCGGUAGUAGUACUCCGGUAGAUUUUGCAAGUACUUGUAGAGUAGUUUCCUUCUGAAUCUCUUUGAACUUCAAAAGUUUCCCUGCAAAAUUUUCUCUUCAAAAAUCCCCUCCCCAUGUAAAAUUAUCAUGUUUUUAAUUUCAUGAUUCAUGACUUAUUUUCUGGGUUUUCUGAACAAUCCGUAACGAAUUUCUGGGUUUUGUGGAGUUGGGGUUUUAGGGCUUCUGGGUUUCUUUAACAGAGCGUUUCUGCUGUACUAGGGUUUAGGCUUUUUUUCAAAAAAAUCUGUUCUUUUUCUAGGGUUUUUGGCUUCUGAGAAGCUAUGGCGGACAGCGACCAGAACAAGUUAUACGUGGGAGGAAUCUCAAGGGGCACGACUGAGGACGCUUUGAAGGCUCACUUCGUCAAGUAUGGAGCCGUUGUCGCCGCCGUUGUUGCCAAAGACCGAGAAACGGGAAACCCUAGGGGGUUCGGGUUUGUUUCCUUGGAAGAUUCUUCUGCAGUGGAUCGAGCCCUUGGAGACACCCACUGCAUUCUCGAAAGGAUGGUAGAAGUGAGUAAAGCUAUACCCAGGAGUGAACAACACCAAAAUCAGCAACAAAGUAGGCGCUCAUAUAGGAAUAGUGGAGGAAGUUGUGGGAGAACCGACGUGUUGAGGACCAAGAAAAUUUUCGUAGGGGGUUUAGCGCCUAGUGUAACUGAAAGGGAGUUCAGGGGGUACUUUGAGAGGUUUGGUCUGAUUACAGAUGUAGUUGUGAUGCACGACAACGCCACAAACCGACCUAGGGGUUUUGGGUUUAUCACAUUUGAUUCGGAGGAAGCUGUUGACAACGUUACAAAGAAGAGCUUCCAUGAAUUGUCUGGAAAGCUUGUGGAGGUCAAGAGGGCUGUUCCGAAAGAAGGAAAUAAUGGUAAUUGUCACAAUGAUUAUAAUGCCAGAGUGGGAGGUGGAAGAGAUAGUUUUAAUAACUAUCAACAUGGGAAUUACCCUCCUUAUUCUCCUCAAUGCGGCAUUCUCCCUGGUUAUGGACCUUUUCCAGGGUAUGGUGGAUCUGUUGGGUAUCCGUAUGGAACAAACUUUUUCGGUGUUAGGUUUCCUUUUGGGGGAUGCAAUGGAAUUGGUUACGGGGUUACUCCUCUGGCACCUCGGAGUCCUUGGAUUAGGGGAGGUAUAUUGCCAUAUGUCAAUUUUCCUGUCGCCUAUCCUGCCUACAUGAAUGGUGGGGUUGGAGUAACGGGAAUAGGUACCAACGGUUACGAUGGAAUUGGGCAGACGGGAAUGAAUGGACAAUUAAGUCAAGUUGGAAGCUGUAGUAUUGUAGAAGUGGACUCUUUGGAUAUGGGCGGAAGCGACAGUGAUGAUGCACAAGUGACAGCGGAUGCGACGAUGAAUGGGGAAACUGUAAAUGUGAAGUCCUUGGAUACGGCUGGAAGUGAUGGUGAUACGUCUAGCAAUGGAAACGAGGAAGGUAUUGAUGGGCAAAUAGGGCCUAGGUGACUACUUUGCAUCUCUUUGUGGGGCAUUGACAGUGACGAAUAGUUGGAACUUCCGAGCCAGUGCGUGCGCAUGACCUUAUUUGAAUGUGGUGAUUGCUUGACAAACACGGGGAUCUUUGGCGGUUGAAUUUACUGUCUCUGAACUUUCCAUGAGUUGGAAACUCUUGUGGUAAAUUAGGGCUGUCCACCGAUCCGAUCCACCCGACAACCCGACCUGACCGAAAAAUGAAGGCAGCGGACGGUUCUGAUCGGGUGUUCGGGUCGGAUUCGGGUUUGAAAUCUGAAAUUUUCCCUGUUGUCAGUCGGGUGUCGGGUUCAUCUAAUAAUUUUUCUACCAACCCGACCCGACCGGCAAAUACAUAUAUACAACGUAAUUAAACCCCUACCCGUCCAGACUUCCAGUUCCACACUCCUCCGGUCCUCCAAAUUCCUCACGACGCCGCCGCCUCCUCCAAAUCGAUCACGCCUCCUCUUCUCCCAAAUCGAACACCUCUCUCUCUGUCUCUCUCUCUCUGACCUUGAAUGUGGGUGCUUGUACGGAGAUCAAGGUUUCAAGGGAAAUAGAUGCAGAUCCUUGUGUGGAGACUCCAAAGAGUUCGUCUCCCAGUGACCAAAGCAAGUUAAGCAACCAUGGCCCGUGGGAAAUCACUCCGGAUUCUUGUAUUGAAAUUCCUCCAGAUCUUGUAAUCCUCUCUCUCAGCUGUGAUGUGAUUUUGUAAAUGGAAAUUUGUUUUUUUGCGAUAGUUUACUCCAG